CGUCAUCGGGACCGGUGCGUUCGCAGUGAAUUUGGGGGAUGCAGCUCUGCAUGAUACAAAGCAUGCACUUGCAGGAAACACCGCAGAGCCUUUUGUAUUCUCAUCAUCUAGUUUGGUCUAAUAUCUGUAAAUAAAAGCGACACAAAAAACACUCGGCAGGUUAAUAGGCGGGACUUACUUCCGGCUGUUUAUCUCGGUGUGCAGCGCAAGGCCAGCCAGUGCAGGAUCAGAUAACAAGUUGUCUCUUCACAAACCUGACUAUGCUGAGCUGCUUGCUGCGAGGAGGCUGCAGUCCUCUCCUCUGCCUGUGGGCCCUGCUGCUGCCUCUGGUCUCCCUCCAUAGCGUGAACCAACAUGGGCGCAGGAGCCACAGUGCCAAGGAGCGGCCCAAGUUGCUGCUUGUGUCCUUUGACGGCUUCCGAUGGGAUUACAUCAACCGAGUCCCGACGCUUAACUUCCACAACAUCAUUGAUAACGGCGUGAUGGUGGAGCACGUGGAGAACGUUUACAUCACCAAGACCUAUCCCAACCACUACAGCUUGGUGACAGGGCUGUACGCUGAGACGCAUGGCAUUGUGGCCAACGAGAUGUACGAUCCUGUUCUCAACCGCUCCUUCUCCAUGGAGACGGACAGUGUUUAUGAGUCGCGGUGGUGGGAAGCAGCGGUGCCACUAUGGGUCAGCAUCCAGAAAGCUGGAGGUCGAAGCGGGGCGGCGAUGUGGCCGGGGUCUGACGUCAAGAUCCACGGCAUGUUCCCCAAUCGGUACCUCUUGUACAAUGCCUCAGUGUCCUUUGAAACCAGAGUGGAGCGGCUUAUCGAGUGGUUCUCUGCACCCAAAGAGGCAGCAGUGGAUUUUGGAGUUCUGUACUGGGAGGAGCCGGAUGAGAGCGGGCACAAACUCGGACCCGAGAGUCCCCUCAUGGAUGUAGUCAUCGCCGGAAUCGACGAGAAGCUCGGCUUCCUCAUGAACGAGCUAAAGAAGGCCGGGCUGUAUGAGAAAGUGAACCUGAUCGUGACCAGCGACCACGGCAUGGCGCAGCUCUCCUCUGAUAAGAUCAUAGAACUGGAUGAGUAUGUGAGCAGAGACCUGUACACCUGGGUGGACAAGAGUCCGGUGGUGGCAUUGCUUCCCAAAGAAGGGAAGCUUGACGAGAUUUACGACAAGCUGGUGGAUGUCAACCCUAACAUGGUGGUUUACAAGAAGGACGACAUUCCCGAGCACUUCCAUUAUCAACACAACGUCAGGAUCAUGCCGAUCCUUAUCGCGGCCAAGGAGGGCUGGACCGUGAUGCAGAAUAGGACCGGGCCCUUCAUGCUUGGAAAUCACGGUUUUGACAACACCCUACAUAGCAUGCAGCCUGUGUUCGUGGCCCGUGGACCGGCCUUUCGCCAGAAUUACAUCAAGCCCUUCAUGCGAUCUGUUGACCUCUACCCUCUCAUGUGCCACAUCCUGUCCACCCCCCCUCUACCAAACAACGGAUCCCUCUUAAACGUGCAGGACCUGCUGUACCCAGAGCCAAUGGCAACCACGCCCAGCCCCUCUCCCAGGGUCCACGAGCACUCCUACGCCCCUGUCGUGGGUUCUUUCCUCGGUGUGGCAAUGGUGCUGGGCUUUCUGUUUUUCUACAUCAGACAAGUGACCCUCAAACAGCUGCCCUCUCUAAAACACAGAAGCCGGGAGAUGUCCCAGCCUUUACUGCAAGAAGACUUGCACCUGUAGCGGGAGGAAGAGAAAAGAUGGCAGGUGUAAAAGAAGAGGAGGUGUAGCUCCCCAAAGGUAGUCCGCUCUCUCCAGAAGCAUCCCUUAACGCCUCCCUUAUAUGACUAAAUGCCAAUGUGCUGCUCUUUUUAUUAGUCGGAGAUUAAGGGAAUAUAAUCUAAUCAUGUUUAGAGGUACAUCUCCCUCGUUUGAGUGUAAGGGGAAUGUCUGGGGUGUGCUUCUGGUGCAGGCUUAAUCAAGAUAAUAAACCUUUACAUGGGCUUUCUAGUGGCUUUGCUUUGAUUGUGAAUUUUUACCUUAUAUCAUCUUGUCAUUUUCAUUGUCAUUUAAUAAGUAAAGAUUCAAAGCUAGAGAGAAAUUGUAGCCUGUGAUUCUGGCGAGUAAGAACGUUGUUGGCCAAAAGUGUGGCUUGGAUAAUGUUAAGGUGUCAGUAUGUUAAAACCUUGUCUGAAGGUAAAAGUGAUUAUAGCUGAGCGGCCACAGUGGAAAGCAGGGAUAAAAAGCUUUCCAGGCAAGAAGCCUACCUGCCCAGACUCAGAGACAAUCUUUACUCGAUGGCAUUCCUAUUGUUGCACUGGAAACCCAAGUAACUAGAAGGCAAUCAGAGAGUGCCAAACUCCUCAAGUAAAUAGGUACAAAAUAGUGAGUGUAUCCACCUCGUUAUUCAAACUCAUGGGCAGUGUUAAAACAUAACUUCCUUAACAAAGGCAGGGUUAAAAGGGAUGAUUUUCUCAUUUUUUAGGUAUCCUAUACCACUGAUCCAAAUGUACUUUGUUUGAAGCAUACUGACACCUUUACUGCCCGAUAGUAACAUAGUAGGGACAGCAGUAGAUUGGGAUUGGGUUUAUUCAGCAUUUUCAAAUCCAUGCGAAACGGAUGCGAUUUAUGCCACCAAUUGUUCAACUAAGGGUCUAAGCACUGAAUGAGAAGUUACUUUCAGUGGAUUGGCUGGGAUCAGUGUUCUUUUUUUAAUGUUACUUGGAAUCAGAUGUUCCACUAGAGACCCACUCCAUGUGCCAGGCUACUGAUCGUAAGUGUAGGACAUCCCAUGAGCCGAUCACUUCACAAACUUGCUCUUUAGUAGUCCGUUGACUUUUGCCUUUUAACUUAACUGUGAACAUCUGUCCGCGCUGUGUGUGCAAUAGUCUUUUGUGUGAGUCUGGGGUUAUUUUUGCGUAUAGUUUGUGUUUGGAGGGCAUUUUUCUGUGUAGAUGACUGUGUACUUCCCUCCUGUUCAUAUGUCAUAACCAUGGCCAUUUGUUGGUGAAAUGUGAAGUGCAAUUGCUAUAGGUCAGUAUUUCUUCAUUGGGAUUUUUAAGGGUUUUGUUGUUGCUAGGUUGAGAAGACUAUUUGGGCAUGACUUGCAGGAACUGUUCCCCCGAUUUGCACUAUACAGGAAAGAAAUGAAAAAGUAUGAAGGGACAGUGUUUGACGCUUUCUAAGUCAUGUAUAAUUUGCACUUCUUGUUCGCAAUUGCUAUUUAAAAUGACUAAGUGAGGUGCCUCUUGCCAAAAAGCUUUUAUAAUUAGCACAAUUAUAAGUAGAGUCCAAAUCUGCAAAUAUAUUCUAAAGUUCUAAUAUUUUUUCAGCAUCUUUUAAGAAACAAUAAUUGUGCCCAAACAUUUACAGACAUCACUGUGAUAUAUACCUUUUACUAAAUUAAAAUUCAUAAAUUGAAAGGAUUUAUAUGGAAUUUGUUAAUUUUAUGAUAAUUGUCUAGGUUGUCUGCUAAUUUCCGCCUGACUUGUUGAUGGAGAAAUGAAAUAUAUCCAGAAUAUAAUUGAAUAGGUCAUUUGAAAUCGUUAGUAAAUUAUAAAUAUUUAAUAUGAUUUACAAAUUGCCAUGUUGAUGCAAUGACAGUCUUCUGAAAUUAAAAAGAACUUAUGUGAAUCUGA